UUAAAGUGACCAAAAUAUGCGUAGGAGAACGGGAACAAUGUUUCCAUCUUCCAGUUUUUCUUCUGGUUCGGAAAAUAGAGAGAAACUCGGAACCCGAAAACCUGUUGUUUUUGUUAAAAACGGAAAACUGGAGAUCGUUUUCUGCAGCGGACGCUCUCGUUUUCCGAUUCUCAGAAUCUGUGCAGCUGGUGAGUUGGAUUGGAUUACUAGAUUGCGUGUAACGGUACUGUUUGGCCGCGUCCAAAUAAGGCUCCGAAGCGGACUGGAGCCCCAAUUCAGGGUCGCCGCAUUUCGUCGACCGAGCCAAACAUGACCUCCAAGCGCGAGCCCUCUCUCUCCUCCGUCCCCUACGACGCUCUCCCUCCACAGAACGUCGUCGUCCUCGUCCCCUACCCCCGCCGCCCCGGCCGCCACCGCCUCCUCAGCCGAUGCCUCUACGGCGGCGCCGCUCUACUCCUCCUGGCCGUCGCAGUCUUCUUCCUCUUCCCCUCCGACCCCACCGUCCAGCUCUCCCGCAUCCACCUCAACCACGUCCGCGUCAAUUCCUCCCCGAGCCUGACCCUAGACCUCUCCUUCUCACUCACGAUCAAGGUCCGCAACAAGGACUUCUUCUCCCUGUACUAUGACUCCCUGCUGGUCUCGGUCGGGUACAGGGGGAGGGAGCUCGGGGUUGUGACGUCGGAGGGGGAGAAAAUUAAGGCUAGGGGCUCGUCGUACGUGAACGCGACGCUCGAUCUCGACGGCCUCGAGGUCGUGCACGAUGUGAUCUACUUGAUUGAGGAUUUGUCCAAGGGAGUUAUCCCGUUUGAUACGAUUUCCCAGGUCGAAGGGAAGCUAGGGCUUUUCUUCUUCAGCGUUCCAAUCAAGGCAAAAGUAUCCUGUGAGGUAUAUGUAAAUACGAAGAACCAGACUAUCGUCCAUCAAGAUUGCUCCCCUGAGUGAUGUUGAUACCCCUAGCUUUUAUGAAAUUAAGGGUCCUACAACUCGGCGCAUAUGGAGGCUUAGGGCAUUUUGUAGCAAUCUUACACGCACUGCUCACUGGUGUAACUAUUUAUUGUUCAUGCUAUGUGGAUAAUCUCACUCUCAAAUUUGAGAAUAAAAUCGUUUCAUGUACAGACAACAUAAAGUAUAGAAAAACAAGUUCUUGACUGAAAAGUUUCCAUCCAUCCUUCCUGGUGAA